AAAUAUAAUUUCAUAAAAUUAUUAUUUUUUUAUGUUUUGUUGCAUUUUUAAGUUUUAAGGGCCAAAGUGGAAAGAAAAACCCUCUACUACUAGUAUUUGUAUUAAAUAUGGUAGUUCGGAGGUCUUAAGUCUGGAAUCAUUUCUUCUCCUAAAAAUCUUUGGUGCGUUUGAAACAGAGAAGCACCAGUCGAGUCGUAGAAUUCGCAGCAUAUUCCCAGUUGUGGGGAGAAAAAUAUGGCAGGAGUAUCCAGCAAUGCUUCAGAAAUUCUAUGUUCUGGCUCACAAUCUGAUGUUGUGUCUAAAAAGGCGAGACGGCACAACAAGGAACUGACUUUUCAAGAUAUGUAUGACAUCAAUGAUCUAUUUGAUGAGGAUGAUGAUGACAGUGACUGGGAGCCCUUGCAGAAACAUGUCGAAGUCGUGAGGUGGUUCUGCCCCAAUUGUACGAUGCUCAACUUUGAUGACAUUGUCCAUUGUGAUAUAUGUGGAGAACACAAAGAAUCUGGGAUCCUGAGGCAUGGAUUUUUGGCCUCUCCCUUAUUUCAAGAUUCAAAUCUUACUGGUUUGGAGUUGGAAAUUAAAGAAAGGCAUAAAGAUGAAUCUGCACAAAAUCCUGCUCCAAGUAGAUUCACAGCAAUAGGUUUUGACGAGAGGAUGUUGCUACAUUCAGAAGUUGAAAUGAAAUCACAUCCGCACCCAGAAAGACCUGAUCGUCUUCGAGCUAUUGCUGCCAGCCUUGCUAUAGCUGGUAUUUUUCCCGGAAGAUGCUACCCAAUUACUGCUAGAGAAAUUACCAAAGAAGAACUUCAGAUGGUUCAUUCCUUGGAGCAUAUCGAAGCUGUUGAUCACACGAGCAAGAUUUUCGCUAGUUAUUUUACUUCUGAUACAUAUGCUAAUGAGCAUUCAGCAUGUGCUGCUAGACUUGCAGCAGGUUUAUGUGCUGAUCUGGCUUCAGCCAUUGUUUCUGGUCGUGUCAAAAAUGGGUUUGCUCUGGUUCGACCUCCUGGUCAUCACGCUGGCGUAAGGCAGGCCAUGGGAUUUUGCCUUCAUAAUAAUGCUGCAGUUGCUGCGGUAGCAGCUCAGGCUGCAGGGGCUAGGAAGGUGCUAAUUGUUGAUUGGGAUGUUCAUCAUGGAAAUGGUACACAAGAGAUAUUUGACCAGAACAAAACGGUCUUGUAUGUAUCCUUACAUAGACAUGAAGGAGGAAAGUUUUAUCCUGGUACUGGGGCUGCUGAUGAGGUUGGUACAAUGGGGGCUGAAGGAUUUUGUGUAAAUGUUCCAUGGAGUCGCAAGGGAGUUGGUGAUAAUGAUUAUGUUUUUGCAUUUCAGCAUGUUGUGCUUCCAAUAGCUUCCGAGUUUUCCCCUGAUUUAACCAUCAUAUCAGCAGGAUUUGAUGCUGCAAGAGGUGAUCCCCUAGGGUGCUGUGAAGUCACUCCUUCUGGCUAUGCAAAGAUGACCCAGAUGUUGAAUGACCUUUCUGGUGGAAAGUUGCUCGUUAUUCUUGAGGGCGGCUAUAAUCUUCGUUCAAUAUCAUCUUCUGCAACUUCAGUGAUUAAGGUUUUGCUAGGAGAAAGUCCAGAAUCUGAAUUACAGAAUGUCUUACCCUCAAAAUCUGGCUUGCAAGCUGUUAUAGAGGUCCUACGGAUUCAAAUGAAGUUCUGGCCUACAGUUGGAUCUACCUUUGCCAAACUGCAAUCACAGUGGGGAAUGUACUCACUUAAGAACAAAAGAAAACAAAUGAAAAAGCGGCUGCGGAGAAAGAUUCUCGCACCUAUAUGGUGGAGAUGGGGGCGAAAAAGGGUUAUUUAUCAUCUCUUGAAAGGGCAUUUUAACUCUAAAAUGAAGAGUGGACAUUGAUUUUCUCAAUUGAAUAUGCAGCCGUCCAUAUCUUUAGGGAUCUGGCAUUUUUGUAUACCUUCUAGCUUCAGUUUUUGCUUGGUCAGGUAGUUUGAAUUUGCAUGUGCUUUAGGUGAGAACUUACCAUCGUUUCUUUGUUAACGGCCUUUGUUGAAGAGCACAGCUAAAUCCCAAGUACUAGAUUUGCUUUACUCGCUCUAACCAAAUUAUUAGCCAAAACAAUGCGCUUCUACGCAAGCUUAAGUGCACUCUCAUUUGCUCAUUGUUCA